AAUAUGGACACGGAGGAAUGAAGUAUGGAGGACAUGGAGGACCGAGCACCGUGAGACAGAAAACACUCUCUUUAUCCGGGGAAACAGAGCCGUGGAUGUACCUCCGGAGGGAUUUAAAGCAGAGGAAACUUUUACCCCCCCGGAGCCUGGAAGUGAUGCAGUGAGCAGCUCCUCUUCUCUCCCCGGGAUCGGACGCAGGGCAGCGGGCUGAGGCGCGCCGCGAUGCCGAGGCUGAGCUCCGGACGGCGGGGGGAGGAGCUGCCGCUGCCCGCCGGCUGGGAGGAAGCCCGGGACUGGGACGGGAGGCUGUUCUUCAUCGACCACAACACCCGGCAGACUUCAUGGAUCGACCCCAGAGACAGGAUCACAAAGCCGCUGACAUUUGCAGACUGUGUGGGGGACGAGCUGCCUCUGGGCUGGGAGGAGGUGUACGACCAGCAGGUGGGGGUUUACUACAUCGACCACAUCAACAAGACGACGCAGAUCGAGAACCCGCGGACUCAGUGGCGGCAGGAGCAGGAGCGCAUGCUGAAGGAGUAUCUGGUGGUGGCUCAGGAGGCGCUGGAGGCCAAGAAGGAAAUGUUCCUGAUCAAGCAGCAGAGGCUGGAGCUGCUGCAGCAGGAGAUGCUGCUCUUCCACCAGAUCAGCGAGGACUCCAGCUCCCUGCACAGUGCGCUCUCCGGAUCGUCGUCCAGCGGGAAGUACGACCCGGAGCAGAUGAAGGUGGAGGUGGCCUGCAGGCGGGAGCGGCUCUGCAGGCUGAAGCAGGAGCUUGCUCAGGUGAAGCAGGAGCUGCAGUACAAGGAGAUGGGAGUGGAGACCCUGCAGGAGAUCGACAGGAAGAUGUCGUGCAGUCAGACGAACUACAAGCUGGACGAGGCUCAGGCGAUCUUCAGCGAGCUGCGCAGCAUCAAGAAGUUCAUCAGCACCGCCGAGAAGGAGAGGCAGGACCUCAUCCAGUGCUUGGCGAAGCUGACGGUGAACUUCCAGAACUCGUCGGUGCAGGACGGCUCCGGAGAGGCCGGGAACGCCGGAGGAACGGAGCUGCAGUUCUGUGACACCGGCUGUCAGACCGACCUCAUCGGCGAGUACGGCUCGCAGGACUCCUCACACCUGGUGGACAAAGUGAAAGUCAACUGGCAGUAUGAGGAGGCCAAGAAGAAGGUGCAGAGCGUGCAGCACCAGCUCGCUCAGCUGGACUCGGACUCCUGGUCCGGUCGGGUGGAGGCGGACCGGGACCGGGACUUCCUGCAGCUGCUGAGGGAAAAGGAGGCGCUGCUGCAAGAGCUGGUCCUGGUGAUCCGGCAGCAGAUCUGCCCUGAGACGCUCCUGCAGCUGGAGGAGGAGCGCUGCCGGCUGGAGGAGGAGGUGCAGCGGGCCCACAGCAGCCAGAGCCAGGGGGCCAAUCAGAGGAUCCUGCAGCAGGAGAAGAGGAACGCUCUGCUGAGGCAGCUGGAGGAGGCCACACGCAUCACCACGUACCUGCACUCACAACUGAAGAGCAUGUCGGCCAGCUCCCUGACGGUGUCCUCCAGCAGCAGUCGGGGGUCUCUGGCCUCGAGUCGGGGGUCCCUAGCCUCCAGCCGAGGGUCCCUGAGUUCCAUCAGCUUCAGCGACAUUUACGGCCUCCCGCAGUACGAGGGGGUGGGGGAAGAGCCUCACCUGCGCUACCUGCUGCAGACGGACCCCCCCCACAGUAAAAACAAGCGCUCCCACGACCCCCCCCAGUCUCUGGCCUCGCUCUCCUCCCGCUCUUCGCUCUCCUCGCUCUCCCCCCCCGGCUCCCCCAGGGACACACCCUACCUCCCUCCCACUGACUGCCCCCUCACUCAGAUGACUGAGGAGUACAUGGAGCAGGCGGGGGGGCGGGGGCUGCUGGAGGGGCUAAGGGACGCCGUCUGCCCCCCCGCAGGCUCCACAGGAGUGACUCUGCGGGGGAACAGUGCUAACAGGAGCGUCCGCAGGGCCAGGAGGGUCUCGGUCUCUGAGGAGGCUUUGGCUACAGACAGCGGGGUGUUCGAGGCCUGGGGCCGCAGGACGGAGGAGUCUGAUGAGAUUUCUUUUGUUAAAGAUCUGACGUCUGUGAGCGAGCCCACACAGAUCCACCUGGGACUGCUCUGGGAGUCGUCCUGUCAGUCCCUGCGGCUCCACCUGCUGCAGCUGAAGAACCUGAACCGCUGCGUCAUCAGGGAUGGAUUCAAAGUAUAUGUGAAGGUGCAGCUCCUCCCCCUGGACUCAGCUCGCUCCUGCUUCUACUGCUGCUCGGCUCUGGACCCUCAGAGCGUCCUGAGCUUUAACGAAGGCUUCCGGAUCCCCGUCUCCAGCGGCGCCCUGACAGCCAGCUUCCUGCAGAUCAGCGUCUGCUCUGUGGGGGGCCAGAGUCAGGAGGAGACCCUGGGCUCGGCUCAGGUGGGGCUCUCUGAGUGUGAGGGGGGGGCGGAGAUGGUUUAUCAUUGGCUGAGUGUGACCAUGCUGAGUGGGGGAGAGAAGAGCCAGCGCAGAAACACUGAGAACCAGGACGCCCUGCUGUCACGCAACAACACCACCACCCAGCUGGAGGGGGGGGAGGCGGCGCUGCAGAGGAGGGGGGAGGCGUCAGAGAGGAGCUGGCAGGCAGAGUCGGUGGACAGCGGCUGCAGCAACAGCACCGCCUUCACCCCCCCCACUGAGGGGCCGUGUGCAGAGGGAGUCAGCAGCAGGGGGCCGGGAAGCAAAGUGAAGAUGGAGAAGGCCACCAUGACGGAGGCUCCGAUCCCCGAGCCGGUGAGGGUCCGGCCCAAAGAGAGGGGGGGCCGCUGGGGCCACGCCUCGCCCUUCAUGAGGGGGAGCACCAUCGUCCGAUCCCAGACCUUCUCCCCUGGGGCCCGGAGCCAGUACGUCUGCAGGUUGUAUCGCAGCGACAGCGACAGCUCCACUCUACCAAAGAAAUCUCCGUUUGUCCGGAACACUCUGGAGAGGAGAACGCUGAGAUACAAGCAGCAGUCGUACCGCUCCUCCCUGGCUGAGCAGCCCACCCGGACCUCCCUGGACCUGGAGCUGGACCUCCAGGCCUGCAGGACCCGGCAGAAGCAGCUGCUGGAGGAGCUGAGCUUCCUGCGGGAUCUGAAGCUCCGCCUGGAGGCCCCUCAGGCCCCGGACCCUCCCGAGCUUCCCCCCUGGGCCCUGAGGGACGAGCGCUUCUGCUGCCUGCUGAGGGAGGCCCAGAGACAGGCGGGUCAGAGUCAGCAACAGCAGCGUCAGGAGGAGGCGGCGGAGAGGAGGCUGAGGAAAGCCUCCAAAGAAGUGCUGCAGAUGAGGGGGCAGAGCCAGAAGGAGCCCCUCCCCGUGCAGACCUUCAGAGAGAAGAUGGCUUUUUUCACGAGACCAAGGUUCAACAUCCCCCCCCUCCCAGCGGACGACGUAUGAUGGUGUUUUGUGAUAUUAUGAUGAAGUAUUUGUCGUAUUUUCUGAGCUCAUGAAGUUUUUCUCGGAGGACGCCGUACUGUAACUUAUUUUAUAGUACUUUCCUUGAAGGAAACGCUUCCCGCUUUGUAUUUUAUUUUGUAGCUCUGAACGGAUAGCACUUGGAUGUUUUUACAGUUACCUGGAACGACUCUGUUUCUAAUUCUUAAAGUUAUUUACAUCAAAUGUCACUUUGUAAUCCACUUUUAUUACAGAUGUCCUCUUGUUGUUAUGUUAUUAAAGUUAAUAUUAUUUCAUGUACUUUUCAAUAUAUGGAUGGAUAUAUGAGACGCUGUAUUCAGAUCUUUUUUAUGAUGUCUGUAUGAACAUCUGCAGUGUUACCUCUGGUGAAGAUAAAUCAUUAAACACGA